AUGUCGUCACUUUUAACACGUAAAGUAUGUUCGACCACUAGUAGCUGUAAACAAACGGCUGCUACUAAUUGUGAAGGUUGCUCGCAAGCAUUUUGUACUAAACAUUUUAUUGAUCAUCGUCGUUUACUUGGCGAAGAAAUGGAUUUGAUCAUUAAUGAACAAAAUAAUUUUCGACAAAUAUUUGAUCAACAGCAAACAGACUUUGAAUUGCAUCCUUUCGUUAAAAUAAUUGAUGAAUGGGAAAAAGAAUCAACUAUGAAGAUUCAACAAAAAGCAAAAGAUCUACGAUCAGAGUUACUAAAAUUAGUAACAACACGUAAGGAUGAAUUUUUGAAGAAACUCCAACAAUUAUCUGGAGAACUGCGUGAAAGUCGAGAGAAUGACAAUUUUAUCGAGAUGGAUCUUCAACAAUGGAAAAAUAAUUUAGAAGAUUUAAAAGCAAAACUUGAUUCAACAUCAAUAUUUUCCCUUGAACAACAUGAAGAUUCUCCAAUAGUACCAAAUAUUUCUGUUAUUUUAACGAUGGAAGACGAAUCAUUCGAGCACGCAUUUGAUGACAUUGUGCAAAUUACACAAAAUGGAAAAGCAGCCAUUCAUGACAAAUCCUGUACUUACACAGAAAUUCGUGGAAAAAAUGAAUAUAUAUCCGGUCGUCAUAAAAUUCGUCUACGUGUUGAACAAUCUGCUGAUAGUUGGAUGUUUUUUGGAAUCAAUACUAAAACGACACCUCUACAAAGACAAUCAUGUAAUUCGAAAUCAGUUUAUGGAUGGACUAAUAAUAAUUAUUUUUGGUUAAAUGGUGAAUGUCAGCCGAACAGAUCUGUUGCUCGUAUUGAAAUGAAAACCAAUGAUGCAAUUAGUUUAAUCUUCGAUUGUGAUCAACGCAAAAUCUCGAUGAUUAAUGAACGAACAAAUGCAAAACAUGAUUUAGUAGUUAAUAUCGAUCAUUGUCCAUUUCCUUGGCAAUUACAUGUUAAUUUAUGCCUUGGCACAAACGCCAUGACUUUGCAAUGGAAACGACAUCGUAGCACUGAAAGCUUAGACGACGAAAUUAGUGUUGAACUAGCGGUUCUUCGACAACAUUGGAAACAAAUUCUACAAAUAUUUCAAAAAGCAUUAGUUGAUCAAGAUGAUAUUAGUUGUGUUUUAUCCCAUUUUCAACAUGCAGUCACAUUACUUACCGAUGAAGUGGCUAGUCAAGAUGAACCCGGACCUAUACUUUUAUAUUUUGUAAAUGAAGCUAUUCUUGAUACAUUCUUUGUCUGGUCAUUAAGUUGUCCUGAAUAUGCAUCUGAACUUAAAUAUCAUCAAUUACGUUGCUUUGAAUUUCUUCUUAGUCGAACACAACAAGAACUUCUUUUUCAUAAACAAAUCUUUAAACCAUUGCUCAAUCUUCUUCGAUCAUGUGAAUCUUCAUCAUCAUUAGAAUUAAUUGAAAAACAUAUGAUUGUUGUGCUCAAUCAAGUAUGUGUCAGUAUAACAAAAACUCCAGAUCUAUUAGAAUUCUGUUUCGAUAUCAGUGCUGAACAUGGUCCAUCUCGAUUUAUUAUCUUUUCUCUAUUAAUCCCAUUCGUUCAUCGUGAUGGACUUGCGGGUCAACAAGCUCGUGAUGCUUUAUUACUUAUUAUGCAAUUAUCAAAUCGAAAUUCACAUAUAGCACGACAUAUUGUUGAAAGUACAAAUUUUUGUCCAAUUCUAGCAACUGGUUUAAGUGCACUCUAUUCUGAUUUACCCCAUCGUUUAGUAACAAAUAAUGAUGAAUGGUUUAUAUUAACGAAAAAAGAAUGGUCAGAAUGUCCAGCAUUAGUACAAUUUAUGAAUUCGCUUCAAUUCUCAAAUGAUGUUAUCCAGAUUGCUCAUCCAACUAUUGGUCAUCAUUUAAUACAAUAUAUUUAUCAUGGAUUUCUUGUCCCUGUUCUUGGUCCAAGUAUUCAUCAAGAUCUUCAUGAAAUACCAUUGAAAUUUUCUGAUUUACAACAUUUUUCGAAUACUAUGGAUGAAGUUAUUGCAGCAACCGCUUAUUUGGAUUUAUUUUUACGUACAAUACAUGAGCCAGCUUUAUUAAAAGUAUUCUUGAAAUUUAUACUUUGUGCAAGAAUUGAUGAAAUGAGUUUAUUGGAUACAUUAAUACAGCGAAUUAAUUUUAAUACCAAACUUGGAUUAGUUUCAUUAGGUUUAUUUUAUACACUAAUUAAUCUCAAUUGCGAAGAUAUUAUGUAUCGUCUCAUAUUUAUGUAUCUCAUUCCAUGUCGACAUGUUAUGUGUAGUCAACGACGACAUAUAACCGAUGUGGAAAUUUAUGGAAAAAAUGCGGAAAGAUUUCUUUCAUUAAGACCAACUCUUUCAAAAGAUAGCAAUGAAAAUUCACAAUCAAAACAAGUUCGUGUUAGCUUUAAUCAAAUUAAUGAUUCUUCCAAUACUAUUGAACGCUAUGAAUGUACAUUUGGUGCUUAUCUUGAAGAUGCACAUUUCAGUAUAGUCCGUUGUCGUGUUGCGUGUCGUUGUUGGACAGCACCGUAUGAUGGUGAAAAUCCUUCACCAGAUACAGUCAUUGGAGAUGCUGAUCUUAUUUCAUUAACAAGUAGUCUUUCAUCACUUAAUAUCGAUAAUAAUAAUAGUUCAAAAAAAUCAGAUUUAACACCAAAUAAUUCUACAAAUCCAAAACAAUCAACGAAAAAUGUAACUGCAUCCAAUGAUUCCGGGAUACAUGAAGAUGGAUUAGAUACAAAUUCUCAAACAGAAAUUCUACCAAUAAUAACAAAAUCAAUUACAGAUGAUUUUCAAUUACCAUCAUGGCUUGCUAAUGGUGAACCCAUACCUGAUGAACUUCUUGCUAAACGUUCAUUAAAUACUUAUUCAACAUAUCGACAUCUAGAUGAUGAUGAUGAUGACGAUGAUGAAAUUGAUCCUUAUCAACCAUCAUCAUUCUAUGGUUUUUCAUUUAUUGAUUUACCUGGUACAGAAGAUACAUGGUCAAUACGAUCAUCAAAUACUCCAUCAGUUACGAAUGCAAUUAUUCGUGAUGAAAUUAAAACAUGUGUUGAUACAUUAAAUACAUGUUUAGAUCAAUUUCGUGAAAUGAAUGAACAUUUAGAUAAUAAUACUAAUGAAAUAAAUGAAGAAAUCAAUGAAGAUAUUGAAAUCUUAUUGAAUGAAUUAAUUGAUCAAAUUGAAAAUUCAUUUGAAAAAGAAGAAAUCUUAACGAAUACAAAUGAUUUCUCAACAGUCAAUACAAUUUUAUUAGAUUAUAAUUUAUUAAAUGAAUUAUUCACGAAAAAAUUAACAUUUAAUGAAUAUUUAUUAUUACUUGAUCGUCUUAUUGAUAAUAAUAUAUUAAAACUUUCAUCGAAGACAGGUGAUGAAUUAUCAAAUGAAAUUAUUCAUCUUGCUGAUGAAAUUGAAUCUUAUCGAACAAUGAUGUCAACAGAUAAUACGAAUGAUAUCGAUCAAAAUUUAAUAAGUAUUAAUUUAGAUAAUCAAUAUCAUCAACAAUUAUUAUCAAAUACACAAUCAAAUUAUUCAGUUAUUUCAUUUCUACAACAAUCAACAUCAAUGGAUAUGUCAUUAUUAUGUGCAAAUGAGUUUUCAAGUCAAAUUCAAUCAUCAUUAUUUACAUCAACUGUCCAACAACAACAGCAACAACAACAGGCAACAGCAGCUACGGGGAAAAUGGCUGAUGUCGGUCCAUUUUUACGUACAAUUUUUUCCAAGUUGGAAAAUAUGUUACAAAAUUCUUUACAUGUAAAUCUUCUAUUAACUGGCAUAAUAGCACGAUUAGCUCAAUAUUCUCAACCAUUACUGCGCUCAUUAUUACUCAACCAUAGUCUUGUUCUUGAAACAAAUGUUAAAUCACUUUUUCAGAUUCUUUCAAAUCUCAAAUCAAAACUUGAAACUAUAUCUCAAACAUUUAAUGAUUUUAAUUAUCUAGUUGAAUUAGCACAUGAUACAUUAUAUCAACGUGAAAAUACUGCAAAAGAAUUUGAUGAAAUGCAAAGACGAGCACGUUCUCCUUCACGAACACGAUCAAAAUCUAUUGAACCCGACAAAGUAGAACGUUCAUCAAAACGAAGUCGUAUAUUAGAUUUCUUUCGUGGCCGUGGUCGUCCUACCGAACAAGUCGAUCAUAAUUCCAAUGGUCAUGAUCAAUCUCAUCUUUCAUUUAUUGAUAAAACAUCUAUGAAAUUUAUUAAUAUUCGUGAUCAUAAUCAAACAAUUCCAAUAAAUGAAUGGGAUGAUCCAAAAACUCGCAAUAUUGCAUAUUGUGCUGUUAUAUUUAACGAAUUUCUUAAAGAACUUGCGGCAAUAACAUUAGAACAUAGUGUACAACAAUUUGAUGAUGAUCAAAUAUUUGAUGAUAUAUCACCAAUAUCAUUAAUGCUUUAA